CAUUGUAUAUCUUGACAUUUUCAGUAUAAAAUGUUGAAAAUAUAAUUACGAGGUAAUAUGUCAACCUCACGUACUAAAGGAGGCACUAAUGUAGCGAAGGCAAUUUACUACCAUAGCGCCAUCGGUACACACCGUCUACAGCCCAAGCCGCUCAAAAAUAUAUUAUACCCGUAUUACAGACAGUAUAAACCAGUCUAUCGAGCUAGGAAUCCAAGAACUCCAAGUUAUUACUGGCCAGAUAUUGACAAAUAUCCAUGGCACUCUCAUCAAAAACGCUUUCCAAAACCAGAAGAUAUAAGUGUGGCCAUCUUUUCUGAGUUCUGCAACCGUGACCCUAAGAUUAAAACGCUGUUUGAAACAUUGCAUCCACUGCCUUUGCAUGGAGUCAACUGUCUAGUAUGGAAGCCGAAAAGGGGAAGAGCUGAUCCGUUGUCCCAAGAAAGUAAAAGCAGUUCUAAUAGCGAUGAAGAUGUUAGUGAUACAUUGAUCGAGACCUCUGGGCAUGGAACAAGAAAAUGUGUGACCAAGGCUAACGGUUGUUACUACAUCACUGACACAAAUAUGCGCAAUAACGUAUGCUACUUAAUCAAACACGUGGACUAUAAGUUGCGACCAUUCAAAGCCAAGGUAACCGCUGAUAUGUAUAUCAUCGGAAGCUCCGGUGAAAGUAAACCUGGGCAAAUAACAGCAUCAUUGCUUCGAGAGAACGUAUCCCCAGUGGGAUCCAUUAGAGGUGAAUGGAGGUGGUCGCCACCUUAUGUACCGGAAGGAUGUAAUGUACAUGAACCUAUACCGUUAAAUUCGUUGAAGGUCAAGGACACACAUUUGUACCGACCUGAACUUAGGCAGUUCCAAAAAACACAAGAAGAAACAUCCAAUGCAGAUGAAUCAUAAUUUGGACCAAUGAGUAAAAUGUAUGGGUAAGGCUCGUUCAGUGUAACACACGCACACACCGCGGUACGACAUACGCGACAAUUGCCUCACAUCGCAACUUAUUAAUGAAUUCUAAAAAUAUUGAGCAUUAAUUAUACACAAU